CAAUUAUAGGUUGUAAGAUCACCGUUCUCGUCAUCCGUAUUAUUUCUAUUAUAUAAAGCCACUCAAGGAACUAUUGAUUGUAUUGUUAAGAAACACCUCAAUUCAAAUUUCCUGAAGAAACCCCAAAAGAACAUUCCGUAAUGACUUGGCAACCACCUGUUAUUGAUUCAAAACGCACUGUUGCAGUUCUGGGAGCUGGCGUGCUCGGCCGUCGAAUUGCCUGCGUUUGGGCGGCAGGAGGAUACAAUGUUGCGAUCCGAGACCCAAGUGCGGAUCAGCGUAAUGCGGCGAUUCAUUUCAUCGACAAUAACAUUGCGGCUUUUGCCAAAGAGUUUAAGAAUACCAAUCCCCGACCGGGGGAUUAUGCCGCAUAUGAGGACCUGGAUUCGGCCGUCAAAAAUGCCUGGUUUGUCGUCGAGGCCGUUCCAGAAAAGCUCGACCUCAAGAUCUCAACCUUUGCCGAGCUGGCACAAAAGGCACCAAAAGAUUGCAUCCUCGGCUCCAAUUCAUCUUCAUACAAAUCGCGCUUGAUGGUGGGGAAGCUGGACGAACAGGCCAAGGAGCGCGUCUUGAAUGUCCAUUAUACCAUGCCCCCCGUCCGUGUCGUAGAACUCAUGACGAGCACUUUUACUCAUCCGGAGAUUUUCCCCUUCCUAGAGAACAAGCAUCGCGAAGUUGGAUUACUACCCGGCACGGCACGCGUGGAGUCUACUGGCUUCAUCAUUAACCGCCUUUGGGCGGCCAUGAAGAGGGAGACGAUGAUGAUUUUGGCAGAGGGCGUCACGACUCCGCAGGAGAUCGACAUGUUAUUUGUCGAGCUGUUUGGCGCUAGAGCAGGGCCCUGUGCUGCAAUGGAUGCCGUUGGUCUAGAUACCGUUGCCUUCAUUGAGGACAAUUAUAUUAAGGAGCGUCACUUAGACGGAAAAAACACAGUUGAUUGGCUGCGAGAAAACUACGUUAAUAAAGGACUUCUGGGGGCCAAGUCUGGAAAAGGCGGUCUUUAUCCAGCGGGCUACACCACCAAACCCUCGACCGACAAUCCUAGCCAGCUUGACAACCUGGCUGCUCCGACCCUAUAUGUCCUGGAUAUUGGGGUGGGUGAGAAUGUGACCAGCAACUUCCUCUCGUCUGGAACGAUCUACACCGCAUCCGGAAAUGGAGAGAACGUGAGAAAGCUCGUGGAUGGCCUUCACUUUCCGGAUGGCAUUGAUAUCAGUGUACCUCAAGGUCGCAUAUUCUGGACGAACAUGGGCGUUCCAUCUGAAAAUAACGGAUCCAUCCAGUCGGCUAAUCUUGAUGGCUCAGACCUUAGGACCAUAGUCCCUCUGGGUGCUGUGCACACCCCCAAGCAGCUAUGUAUAGAUCAUAUAAACAAGAAGAUCUACUUCUCUGACCGGGAGGGUAUGCGAGUACACCGGACCAACUUCGAUGGAAGUCAGCAUGAGAUCCUGGUUAAGACUGGCGACUUUGAUAAACCUACCGAUAAGGACGAUCAGACCAAACAUGCAAGUCCCCAAUGUGUCGGAAUUGCCGUCGACCCGAAGCAUGGUCGAUUCUACUGGACUCAGAAGGGUGCCAGCAAAGCCGGUCAAGGACGUAUCUUCCGUGCCAAUAUCGAGGCACCCGCCGGCGCAACACCCUCCACUCGCUCGGACAUCGAGCUGCUCUUUCAAAACCUGCCUGAACCCAUCGAUCUGGAAAUUGACCCUGAGACUGAACUUCUUUACUGGACGGACCGUGGCGAACAUCCCGUCGGCAACUCGGUCAAUCGUGGCUAUGUCGGAAGUGACAGCAAAGCGGUUGGUAAAUUCGACAUUUUGACCCGGCACUUACAUGAGGCUAUUGGCAUCCGCUUAGACAAAGUGAACAAGCACAUCUAUUUCGUUGAUAUGGGCGGGUCGUUGUACCGGUCCGAUCUUGACGGACAUAACAAGACCGUCAUCUACAGUGGCAAGGCAGCUCUCACCGGUCUGGCUUUGGCUUACAUCAACUGAGAGCUUCAUCUCGGUUAGCAAAGAGGAGUCAGAUGACGAUGAUAUCAUUUAAUCCAAAUCUUACAAUUCCCUGCUGUUUGAUAUCUAGGAGUGAAUAUCGGGAAGUCAUGGCAGAGAAUUCAACAACACUGUAGACAGGGUAUGGAAGUUGCAGCGAAGCGCCGUUCAGAAAAUAUGGUCACUUGAGUCGAUUCAUCAGGUUAUCUUUGCCAAGUAGUGAAUUUUCUGGUAAGAACUCUACUAGAAGACAUCUGGAAGGUAUCAUCAUCUAGUUUACUAUUUAGUAGAAACUUUUGGGUAUAUGUAUUUU